AUGAAUCUAAUUGUGAAGCUCCGCAGAAGUUUCAGAACGCUGGUCAUUCUCCUGGCGACCUUCUGCUUGGCAAGUAUCGUCAUUUCUGCCUAUUACCUCUACACUGGCUACAAGCAGGAAAUGACCCUCGUGGAAAGCACUGGAGAAGUGGAGUGCGAAGACGUAAAGCUUCUACCGUACAGGUCCGCGGAGCUGAAAACAGCUAAGCCUAUUGAUCCAUCUAAAACUGAUCCCACUGUCCUCCUGUUUGUGGAAAGCCAGUACUCCCAGCUAGGGCAAGACAUCAUAGCCAUCCUCGAGUCCAGCAGAUUUCAGUACCACAUGGUCAUCGCACCAGCCAAGGGGGAUAUUCCCCCUCUCACAAACAAUGGAAGAGGAAAAUACAUGAUUGUUAUAUAUGAGAAUAUUUUAAAGUAUGUAUCCAUGGACUCAUGGAAUAGAGAGCUUCUGGAAAAAUACUGUGUGGAAUACAGUGUUAGCAUAAUUGGUUUUCAUAAAGCCAACGAGAACAGCUCUCCAAGUACAAAACUGAAAGGAUUGCCAUUACAUCUUUACAAUAAUGUAGCCCUCAAAGACUGUGUGGUAAACCCUCAGUCUCCCCUACUGCGCAUUACCAAAGCGCCAAGGGUUGAGAAAGGUCCUCUGCCUGGCGAAGACUGGACAGUUUUCCAGUUUAACCAUUCCACCUAUCAACCUGUGCUUUUAACUGAACUGCAGACCUCCAGACCACCCCCCGUGGCAUUGCCAAAGGCUGCUCUGUAUGCAACCGUCAUCCAAGACUUGGGGCUUCAUGAUGGGAUUCAAAGAGUCCUUUUUGGAAACAACCUGACCUUCUGGUUGCACAAACUGAUCUUUAUUGAUGCCAUCUCUUUCCUGUCGGGGAAGAAGCUCACCCUGUCCUUGGAUAGGUACAUUCUGGUUGACAUAGAUGACAUCUUUGUUGGGAAGGAGGGAACGAGGAUGAACAUCAACGAUGUGAAGGCUUUACUAGAGACUCAAAAUUUACUGCGCACUCAGGUUGCAAAUUUUACCUUCAACCUUGGAUUUUCAGGAAAAUUUUACCACACAGGGACUGAAGAGGAAGAUGAAGGUGAUGACCUGCUGUUGAGAUCUGUGAAUGAGUUUUGGUGGUUUCCCCAUAUGUGGAGCCACAUGCAGCCUCACCUCUUCCACAAUGAGUCAUCUCUGGUGGAGCAGAUGAUCCUCAACAAAGAAUUUGCAAUGGAGCACGGCAUACCGACCGGCAUGGGGUACGCAGUUGCUCCGCACCACUCCGGGGUCUACCCGGUUCACAUCCAGCUGUACGAGGCCUGGAAGAAGGUCUGGCACAUCCGAGUGACCAGCACAGAAGAAUACCCGCACCUGAAGCCUGCACGGUACAGACGGGGCUUCAUCCACAAUGGCAUCAUGGUGCUCCCUCGACAGACCUGUGGCCUUUUCACUCAUACUAUUUUUUACAAGGAAUAUCCUGGGGGUCCUCAGGAGCUGGACAAAAGUAUCCGAGGAGGUGAACUCUUCCUCACCAUUCUCCUGAAUCCCAUCAGCAUCUUCAUGACCCAUUUGUCUAAUUACGGGAAUGACCGCCUGGGCUUAUACACCUUCGCGAACCUAGCCAACUUUGUUAAGAGCUCGACUAACCUGAAACUGCAGACGCUGCCCCCCGUUCAGCUGGCUCAGAAGUACUUUGAGCUCUUCCCGGAGCAGACGGACCCUCUUUGGCAGAAUCCAUGUGAUGAUAAACGCCACAGGGAUAUUUGGUCCAGAGACAAAACUUGUGACCACCUACCCAAAUUUCUUGUGAUAGGACCCCAGAAAACAGGAACAACAGCGCUUUAUUUAUUUCUUCUGAUGCAUCCUUCCAUUAUCAGUAAUCUCCCUAGCCCAAAAACUUUUGAAGAAGUUCAGUUCUUCAACGGAAACAACUAUCACAAGGGAAUUGACUGGUACAUGGAUUUCUUCCCCACUCCUUCCAACAUCACCACCAACCUCCUCUUUGAGAAAAGUGCCAACUAUUUCCACUCUGAGGAAGCCCCUAAGCGAGCUGCUUCCCUCAUCCCCAAGGCCAAGAUCAUCACCAUCCUCAUCGACCCAUCUGAUCGGGCAUAUUCCUGGUACCAGCACCAGCGAUCCCACGAGGACCCCGCUGCCCUGAAAUUCAAUUUUUAUGAAGUCAUUACGUCCAACCAUUGGGCGCCCUCGGAGAUAAGGACUCUCCAGAAGAGAUGCCUGACACCCGGAUGGUAUGCUGUCCAUAUCGAAAGAUGGUUAACUCAUUACCCUGCUUCACAGUUGCUCAUUAUUGAUGGACAGCAGCUAAGAAGUGACCCAGCUACUGUGAUGGAUGAAGUGCAGAAGUUUCUUGGAGUGUCUCCUCAUUAUAAUUACUCCGAAGCUCUAACGUUUGACCCUCAGAAAGGCUUUUGGUGCCAGUUAUUGGAAGGAGGGAAAACAAAGUGCCUGGGAAAAAGCAAAGGUCGAAAAUACCCACCAAUGGACCAAGAGUCUCGAGCGUUUCUGUCAAGCUACUACAGAGACCACAACGUGGAGUUGUCCAAGCUGCUGCACAGGCUGGGGCAGCCCCUGCCCUCCUGGCUGAGACAGGAGCUGCAGAAGGUCAGGUAG